AUGAAUACAUCUUCUGGAGCCAUAGAAAAUGAUUUGUCGGGAUUAAACAAGACGAGUUUCCGUGAGGAUGAUAUUGAUUUACCUCCUCCAAGUACCCGACAAGAUCUUUUACUUGAGAACCGAAUUGAGGAAGAUGAAACAGGAACGAUUAGAGAUCUUUCUCUGCUUUCUCCGAUCGUUGUAGAUGAUCCACCAAAGAACGAUCCAACAGAGAAUCAUCAUCACCUCCUAAAAACACCCUCCUCCUCAUCAUCAUUAAAGUCCUCCCGUAGCAAUACAGUUUCUGAUCAAGUUUUUGAUCCAACCCGAUCACCGGCUUUCAAUGAUGACAACGAUCAUGAAAUCCGAAGAGAAGUCAUGGAUAGUAUUGCAGGUUUAAUUUCUGCACGUAAAGCUACUGAGGUUAGUUUUUCAGAAGAGUUGGAGAGGAGAUUGGAUUUUCAACAAGCCACUCGUUCCAUCUCCUUACUCGAUCAAAUUGCCCAAGAAGAGUUGAAUCGACAAAAUCGAAUGAAAAAACAAAAUUUGCUCUUGGAAGGAGGGGAUGGAAAUAUUGAGGAUAUGAUUGCACGAGAAUUGGAUCAGGAAAUUGAGGAAUUGAACUCCUUAUCUCACGAGUUGGCCAAUACGAGACUCUUUGCAGAGUCCAUUUCCGAACAAGAGGCCAACUAUGAAUCCAUAUUGGGCAGAAUGGACAUUGUGUUGGAUGAAAACUCGCCCAUUCCAUCGAGUCGAUAUAGCCAAUCUGAGAUUGCAGAAACAAUGAGUGAAGAGAAGGCCGAUGAGGAAUAUGAAUACAAGAGAAAAAUUGGCUCUGCUCAUGCCACCUCUCGUCGUCGAAAGAACAGAAAAAGUAGCAAUGCAGUCGAUGCCCCUCCAGUGCAUAGUGGAGUUGACGCUUUUCUUGAGAGAUGUGAUAACUUUUCCUUCUUUAAUUUUCCAGUUUUGUCCAUUAUUGAGAAGUUUAAUCACAAAACUCUUGACCUUUCUCACCUUACUCUUGGAGAUAAGGGUGUUCAGGCGAUUAGCUCCAUGUUGAGACUUAAUAAUGUCAUUCAAACAUUAACUUUGGCUGAUAAUAAUAUUUCGUCGCUUGGUUUUACCGAUCUUGUGACCUCACUGCGAAAGAAUACCACUCUAAAACAUUUGGACAUUUCAGAUAACAAACUUGCAUUGAUCAAUUCAGGAAAUUUAGCCAUGUCUGUCAUUAAUAUCUCGUCCUCAAACGAUGGUACACAUACAGAGAAUGGUGGUGCUUCUUCUUUUUCGUUAUCGAGUACAAUCACCAGUGCAACCGCUGGAGCUGGUGGCUCAGAAACACCGGAUGAAUGUAGCCAGGCUAUGCUCAACCUCCUCAAGAAGAAUUCUGUUUUAGAAUCCUUUAUUGUGCACGAUAAUCACCUCACAGACCAACACUUGAAGUACAUUGUCGAAGGGUUAAACGAUAAUAUCACUCUAACAUACCUUGACAUUUCAUCAAACGAUUUUACUGAUCAUUCAGGACAAACUUUAGGACAUUUAUUGGCAACGACUCGUCUGCGACGUUUGGAUUUGUCAUGGACUUCUCUUCGAAAACAAGGAAUUUCAAGCAUGCUGCUUGGACUAAAAUCAAAUAACUCUCUCGUAGAGUUGAAUCUUUCUUGGAUUGGACUCAAUAAUGAACAUUGCAAACUCUUAUCUCAGUUUAUUUCAGAAAGUGAUGCAUUGUGCGUUCUGAAUAUUUCACACAACCGAUUCGAUGAGGAAGGUCUACAACCCAUUACUAAGGCAUUGGAACAUAAUACUUCUCUCACGCAUUUAGAUCUCAGCUACAACACACUUGGAAACAAUGCAAUCAUGUCUCUAUUCAGAUGUCUUCACAAACAUCAACAUGUGAAAUGGUUAAAUUUAAUUCAGACAAAUUUAAAUGUCAUGAUUGACAAGAAUAUUCUCGCCUCAGAGAGCGCCAUUCUUCAACCCGUGUUUUUGCAACAACCAGAAAAACCACCUCAACCACAAGCAACCAAAGGCACAAAACAAGGUACCUCCAACAACAACAACAACAACACUAAAAAACCACAAGGUACCGCCACUACCACUCCAACCACCUUGAAUCAGGGAGCCACUACCACCACUUCAGGCGCCAAUCAGCCUACUGCCACAAACAACUCCACAAGCUCUGAAUCAUCAUCAUUGGGUCCAAUCGAAACAGCAGCCAAGAAAAAUGGUCGUGAAAUGUGGAUUGCUUUGCGAUAUCUCAAACAACAAUAUCAGCAAAAUCCUGAGAAUUCUCUUCACAUUGUUCUCAGUACGGACAUUGAACAAGUGGUCACCAUUCGCAAGUAA